ACCCUUACGAGAGACGGUCACACUAAGUAACCUAAAUAACAAAAAUAAGAAAUAAAUUAAAAGCAUGCUUUUCAAAUCCUGACAAAAUCAUGACAACCACAUUCGAAGGAGAGCUCUCAGACAAGCUGCAAAUCAUAGAAGCGAACAUGGAUGCAGCGAACAAAGUCCAGGUGGAGGCACCCGAAGAAAACAAUAGUAAUUUGCCACCAAAAAGCUCUGGUCCGGAGCCCGAGUUUUAUAAGAAGGCGCAAAAGUACUGGGCCGAGGUUCCAGCCACAGUUAAUGGAAUGCUCGGCGGCCUCGGCUUCAUCAGCGCCAUUGAUAUACAGGGAUCCAGUGUCUUCCUACGAGAGAUUCGUGUGCCGGGCACAAGGUUGGCCUUGGAUUGCGGCGCCGGAAUCGGCCGGGUGACCCGUAACCUUCUCAUGCCGCGCUUCUGUCGCGUGGAUCUUGUCGAGCAGGACCAAGCCUUUGCCGAAAAGGCCCGUCAGUACUGCACCUCGGAGAACGUGAUUUCCGGACAGGUUGGCGAAAUCUACAACGUCGGCCUGCAGGAGUUUACGCCCACGCAGCAGUACGACCUCAUCUGGAGCCAGUGGGUGCUGGGUCACCUUACCGACAGCGAUCUAGUGGCCUUCUUUCGCCGCAUUAGGCAGGCAUUGGCGCCCGGCGCCUUCUUUUGCCUCAAGGAGAACGUGAGCAGCUCGAAAAAGACUGUGGAAGAUGAGGAGGACUCCUCGGUUACCCGACCACUUGAACACUACGAACGCUUUCUAAAGGAAGCUGGUUUUCGUGUUGUGCGCAAAGUUAAGCAAAAAAACUUCCCCAAAGAUCUCUUUCCCGUUUACAUGAUUGCCUGCAAGCCCUUCUCAAAGGACUAGAUUGGGGCUUAGUUAGUUUUACCAUGGAUGUACAAGCGAUUGUACCGUAAAUUUAAUGUCACAAUUACAAGCUAGUCAUAAAAUGUUGUAUCGUUUUUAGCAACAAAUAAAUAAGCUUGUACGAGCUUUUAGUAGUUCCUUAA